UAGAAAAAGGGGUUUGCGUUGAGUGUGUACAGCAAGACAAAGGAAGGAAUAGUUUAGAUUAAGUGGAGAAGUAUUAGUCGUCGGAUUUGAAGUGGCGUAGGAUUCUCAGUUGAGUACACGUGCUGCUAUAUUUUCUCUUCUUUUAUCUUUGCUUCCAUGCAUGGAUUUCUCCUCCUAAAAAUAGUGAAUUGUGAAAGAGAGAGAAAUUUUCGGAAAGAAACACUCAGUCCACUUGGUGUUUCUCUCCUUGUCCUCCUGUAAAAUUUCUUUCUUUGGCUUCUUCAUCGCCAUCAUUAGCAAUAAAGCUCUGUAACCUCCUUCUUUCUUGAUUUUCUGAUCAGGGUGUUUUCUUCUUUUUCAUUGUGAACUCUGUUGAAUUCCUUGAGCUAGUUUUCUUUUAAUUUGCUUCUCUGAUCUCUGUGCUUUGAGUUUUUUUUUGAAUUUGUCAUUCUGCAUAUCAUCAAUGGAGGAAGAUCGAGAAUUUAAGCAUGUAUGCAAGUUCUGCAGCAAAAGUUUCCCUUGUGGUAGAUCCCUAGGUGGUCACAUGAGGUCUCAUAUGGUCAACAACAAUACAGAAGAAAUAGCAGAUUUUCAAAAGUUGAGUAAGAAGAAGAAGAAGAAGCUCCCAUCAAACUCUGAAGCCUCUGGUUAUGGGCUCAGAGAGAAUCCCAAGAAGUCCAUGAGAUUUGCAGAUUCCAGUGAAGAAACUGACUUUGAGGAUCAAGAUUCUUGGACUAAUGGGAAUUUGCUGGUGAUGGAUAGCCAAUCUGAUAAUGAGACUACACCUACAAAUCGAAGAAGGCGAUUGAAGAGAAGAACAAGGCACAUGGGCACUGCAAAUUCUUGUACUUUGUCAGUUUCUAAUCUUACUCAUAAUCAUAACAAUAGCUACUCCUAUGUUUCUGAGAUUGAGCAAGAACAAGAAGAGGUUGCCAUGUGUUUGAUGAUGCUUUCCAGGGAUGUAGCAAGAAGUGGGUUGAAUCCUGUUUCUGAAAUUUCUUAUAAUAAUUCUGUGUAUUCUGAAGCUCAAAUUCAGGUUAAGAAUUCUGCUGUGAAGCUGAAAAGGCUGAAAGAAAACAAGCUGAAAUCUGGUUUUGUGGAUCCUGAAAAUUUCCAGGAUAAAACUGAGGCUUCUGUUGAUGGAUUUGUCAAGAAAGAUGGAGCAAAGAAGUCUCAGUUACAUUAUCAAUUAGGAGAUGACAAUUCUGAAGUUGAAUUGGGGAGAAUUUCAGUGAAGAAAACUGCAUCAGCCCAAGCUCAAUUGGGUUCUCAAAACAGAAGCAAAUUUGAGUGUUCUACUUGCAGCAAGAUCUUCCAUUCAUACCAAGCUCUUGGUGGCCAUAGAGCUAGCCAUAAAAAGAUCAAAGGCUGUUUCGGGUCGAAAAUCGAUAGUACUGAGACUAGCACUGAAACAGAACUGUCGCCUGACACAACACCAGAUAGUAAGAUCAGCAAAUCCAUUAACAAUGAGGCUGCAAUUGCAGAUUGUGAUGAGAGAGCUGAAACAAGUUAUGGGGCAAUAAAGAAAAGGCAUGAGUGCCCAAUUUGCCUUAAAGUUUUCUCAUCAGGCCAAGCAUUGGGAGGUCACAAAAGAUCCCAUAUAAUCAAUGGCAAUGAAGCUAGGAACAAACCAACCAGUGUAAUCGAGAACCCGGUGCCCAAAAUUCGAAGCUUUCUUGAUCUUAAUCUGCCUGCUCCUGUUGAAGGAGAGAGCAGCAAUGCCCAUCUGGGGUUCCAGCCAUGGUGGAUGGCUGGCAGCCAGAAGCAUGAAGCACUUGUUGGCUUAAUCUCUAACUGACUUUUUUGGUCCUCCUGGCCAUGGUUUACUCAAUUUUUCAAUAAAAAUCAAGAGUGUACAUACAAGUUUUCUGCUUAUAAUUUCAUUCAUUCUUUUCCACAUUCUUCUACAAAAACUAUGCACACUUGUAAGUCUCUCUGUCUCUUCAUUCUGUCAGUUUUCUCUUUACACUUUUGCUCUUACAAUAAAAUCUCUUGGAAAAUUGUAACCAAUUCAA